CGUCUAUCGUGCCGCCCAUUGACGCGGAAGAGCAAGGGGCAGACGGUCGGCGAGACUAUGGUUGCCAGGGUGGAGACGACUGUAGUAUACAACUGGAGGCGGCGCGUCUGGACUUGCUCCUGCGUCUCUCGCAGCUUUGUCCUCGAUUCCUCCUGCAGCUGAUUUGCAAUUGAUGAGUGCGCGGGUGGUGACUACGCAUAGUGUCUACACAAGGUUUCUCCAUCGGCACGUGUCGACUCCCUUGCUCCACCAGCGCAGUCGCUUCCGGAUUAUUUGUCCAGGGAUCUCCCGGUAACGGUUCCGCACUGCCAGCAAGCGCGGGCCUCUGGACAGAACGAUCGCCGCAUUCUCGAGCAACCUCGCCCGACUUGAACGUGCCUUCCUACUUCCCAGCAAACCUCACCACCAAGGCUCCUCUCGCCAGCAAACCUCGCCCUCUGUCGCCGCUGCCUCCAAUGCGUCUCUUCAAUCGCAAGGGCUCCAAGCCCCAGGUUUCCCCCAACGGCAGCCAGCCAAACAGCUCCAAUGGCUCCCUGCGCUCCCCUGGACCCACUCCAAACGGCUCCCGGCCUACCAGCUUCCCAGACGUCCCUCUGCCAAAGGCCCCAGAUCCAACUCUCGACCCGGCCGGCUACCUGCGCAGCAUCUACGCCGUCCGCGAGCGCUCCAAGCUGGUGCUCGAAAAGGCCAAGAAAAAUCAGCUCAAGCACUUCACAGUCGACAUGAGCAAGUUUGGAGAUGUCGCUAGCUUUGUCGUAUCCAUAAUUAAGCGCGACUAUGCGCCUGACUACGCCUCAAUUCCGCCUCACGGCCGCUGGCAGCACUUUGAUGUUGGUGGCCGCCCGCGCAUCGAUCAGCUCAUGGCAACAUGGCCGUCGACCGUCGACAACCAGGAGCGCACUCGCCGCCUCAUAGAUCUCUUCCUCGUCUCCGUCCUCCUCGAUGCAGGUGCAGGCACCAAGUGGCAGUACAAGAGCAAGGAGUCGGGCAAGAUCUACCGCCGUAGCGAGGGUCUCGCCGUCGCCAGUCUGGAGAUGUUCAAGGCCGGCGCUUUCAGCAGCGAUCCCAAAGAACCCUACCAGGUCGACAGUGCGGGGCUGAAGAAGCUCGACGUCGCAACAGUGGCGCGUGGCCUGCAGGUCAACGCCACAAACCCAAUCGAUGGCCUCGAGGGUCGCACUGGCCUGCUGCUGCGUCUCGCAGAAGCGCUCCAGAACCAAGAAGUUUUUGGCCUCGAAGCACGACCAGGAAACAUGCUCGAUUACCUUCUCUCGCACCCAACCACGCAAGCAUCAUCAGUCCCCAUCAUACCCCUCCCAACUCUUUGGAAUACCCUCAUGGACAGUUUGACCCCCAUCUGGCCAGCCACAAGGACUCAAAUCGACGGUGUACCCAUGGGCGACGCAUGGCCUUGCUCAGUCAUGCCAUCACACCCGACUCAUCCGUGGGAAAACAUUGUGCCUUUCCACAAACUAACCCAAUGGAUGACUUACUCACUAAUGGUCCCCAUGACCAAGCUCCUCCAUGUUCAUUUCCCUGGCGCAGAACUCCUUACCGGGCUGCCAGAAUACAGAAACGGUGGACUGUUCAUCGACGUCGGCCUCUUGACACUGAAGCCUGAGGAUCAGAAACGCGGUCUCGCGCAAUACCAACGCAAUGCACAGGCAACAGGCCAACCGAGCAUGGAAGUUGUACCAAUGUUUACCGCCGACGACGAUGUAGUGGUCGAAUGGCGCGCAGUCACAGUCGGACUACUCGACGAUCUAUUAGUCGACGUAAACAACCUACUGGGUCUGAGCGGGUCAGAUAAGCUGAACCUGGCGCAGAUGCUCGAAGCUGGUAGUUGGAAGGGAGGUCGAGAGAUUGCUGAAGUGUCGCGGCCCAACACUAAAGAGCCGCCAAUCAUGAUCCUCUCGGACGGCACUGUUUUCUAAGAUACCCCUUUCUUCGUUAUUCCGCACUUCCUUCGCUUCCUUCACAUACAGACAUCGUGCAGCGGAAGCACGUAUCCGAUACCCACGAGGGUGCCCUUGCCCAUGCCGCACCAGUACCUUCUAAUUAUGGCCAAGUGGGUGGGAUUUAUGAUACACGAUCUUGACGGUCGCAUUUGGUGGCACGGCUUCUUGUUUAUACCUUCUGCUUCGUCGCACCAGCCACAUUUAUGUCCUAUUUAUCUCCAAAGCGCAUGACUUUUGGAAUCUUCGACCAUGUAGCUAUGUACCAAAGCCUUUUGAAUGAGAGUGUGUGCCUCCCAAC